ACAUCCAACUAAUUAAUAAAAAUUCAUGAAUUAACUUCUUAAUUACUUCAUGGCACAUAUUGCAAUUUAUGAAUUGUAGCCGGUGAGUCAGAAAGAAGUAUCGAUUUGAAAUGAAUCUCGAGGAUGGCACCAGUUUCGAGAUAUAUUUCCCAAUCUGUGGGACGAAAUACAUGAGCGUUCCAGUUACUUUUGUGCUUUAGUGCAUAACAAAACAUUGUCAAGAAAGUAAGUGGAACAACAGUGCAUUUUUUACGGCCAGUUUUAUGGCACAUAUCUCUGGUGCCAUUCUGGAAAUUAAUUUCAAGUGGAUACGCCUUGCAAACUCACCAGCUACAAUUCGUGUCAUUAAGUAAUUAAGAAGUUCAUUAAUUAUUUUUGUUAGUUGAAUAUCUGUUUCGAUUUCUCAUGCAAGCUAAUGUCUGCCUUUCUGAAUAAUCCAGCUCAAGGACUAGAAUUAUGCUAUCUGCAACAGGGGUUCAUUAAAAAUUCCCAAAAACUUAAAAAUUAUCACCUCGAAUAAGACAGCGCCUGAGGCCAUAUUUUCAAUCAGUAACUAUCCAGGAUGACUUUCAGUAUUCAUUCAUUGGGCAAGCCAGCAGACAGGGAUGUCCUUGGUCCAAUGAGAUGCCAUGCUGUACGUUGCAUCACACAAAAAAACUUCUGAAGGUGAUCAACUGACAAUGCAGUCCCUGUGCUGUUUUUGUAAUGUUGAUUUCAGUCUUUCGCAUAUUCAGUGGAAUCUCGUUGAUAGGAUUCUGCAUAAUACGUUUUUUGGGAUAAUGCGUUUUUUUCUUAUAUACAAUUUCUUUUUCUUAUAUACGAUAAUGUUUGGAUAAUACGACUUUUGGAUGAUCCGAUUUAUUUUCCGGUACCCGUGAAGAUAGUACCAACGAGAUUCCACUGUAUUUCACCACAUUCACGUACACAUCAUUGUACUGAAAUUCGUGUUUCAUAACAACAAGGAGCUUCUGGCACUGCAAAGGUAGGCAUUUUCAGCUCUGCAUUUGUUGGACACACUGAAUGCUUUUUUCUAAAAUUCCUCAGUGUGCCAGUUCACAGCUCCGAGUAGCAAUUUUGCAAGAAUAUCAAAAAGAAAUUGCAGGGCCGAGACGCUCUCACCACAGUGGUGAAAUGGACACCCGAGGCCAGUUCAGGGAAGCAAGUGCAGAAAAGUAAAUCUAGGCAGCAGAGGCAGACGAAAGCCAGAUGACUACUUGGCAGAAGCCUGCCUGGGAACAGCCCACAGAGUGAAAACAGGAGCGUUCCGAGACACCAUGCCUCUCUUGGCUUGCCCAAGAGCUGGCCUGUUCCAUGGAUUAUGUGUAUUACUCACAAACACCCUGCUAGUUCAUUCCAAUGGUUCAACUCCGAUGCCCAGUUCAUACAAUACCAGCUCCCAUGUGUCGGGCAGACAGUUCCCGCUGUUGGAGACGCUCUUGGAACAGGGGCUUCUGCAGCUGCCUCAUCUCCUGAGAGACCAGGAAUCUCGUUCCCAAGAGCGGUGGCGGGCUUUUGAUCAGCGCCUACAACAGCAGUUUGAUGCCAUGGAAGCACGCCUAGCCCUACGCCUAGAGAGUCUCAAAGGGGAUGUUGCAAAGGGCCUUGCACUGAAUGAACUUCUCCGUGAAGAUGUUGAACAGCUCCAGCGUGGGCAAACUGCCUGCCAUCAGCAUCAGCAGAGGUGUCCCGGUGAGCAAAGCGUACGUCGUAGCCUCACCAGCAUGCAGGCCACCCUUCUACAGCUACAGCAAAACAUUACUGUGCUACUUAACGAUGUCAGGCAAGUAUGUAUUCACAAAGGUAUAUGUGAUAUGUUGUACAUCCACAAUCACACCUUCUUGGCAGCAACGCACAAGCAACUGCUAGAUGCAGUGAGCCACUUGGAACAGUCGACUAGCCACCUCCAAGUGUCCUGCACAAAUCCAGUGCUAACUACAAGCGUGCAGCUACCCUUAGAUUGCUGGGAUGUGCUGCAAGAUGGCCACAACUCGUCGGGAGUUUAUCGUAUCCAGCCAUCUGGCUCUCCUGAAGCCAUCAUGGUUUAUUGCAACAUGGACAGUGACGGUGGAGGGUGGACGGUCGUGCAACGAAGGCUCGAUGGCAGCACAGAUUUCCAAAGAAGUUGGACCGACUACAAGUAUGGGUUUGGCAACACAGCAAGUGAAUUCUGGCUAGGAAACAACCAGAUCCAUCAUUUGACAUCUCAGAGGCUGUACCAAGUCAGGGUGGACCUAGAAGACUUUGACGGACAGCACGCACAUGCCCUGUAUGCUUACUUUGCCAUAGGAAGCGAACGUGAGAAGUUUGCACUGAAGCUACUUGGUAAAUACGAAGGUGGAGAUGCAGGGGACGGCCUCAGCACGCAUGCUGCAAUGGCAUUCUCCACAUGGGAUGUCGACAAUGACCAGUGGGGUGACGGAAGCUGCGCCAGAGAACACCAGGGAGCGUGGUGGUACAACCAGUGCGGCAGCAGCAGCCUUAACGGGGACUACCUUCAGGGGCCUGGCCAGCUGCAACUGCAAGGACCUUACUGGCUGCCUUGGCCUUCGGUACUACGAAGCUCGUCAAUCAUGCUGCGGCCUGCACACAGACAACUCAAUGGACCAGAGCAGAGUUACAAGGCUGCUACAGUGCAAGAAGAUUGAGUUAUUUUCAAUGAAAGUCUUAGAUGAGAGGACAGAGGCUGAUAAUUUUGGAAGUUUGCUACCUUCAUCAAUGCACCAUCAAAGGCACCAUUUGCAUAUCAUCCAAUUUUUUGCAGCAACUGAAUGGAAAGAGAUGUAAAAAAGCCCAUCUCAAAGUGUAGCCCGAAUUUUAUUCAAAUGUGCUUUACACUUAAUGGGACACUAAAGAGAAAAAUUAUGUGAGCUGUAUUAGUAAAGUACCCUUCUACAAAAACAAAAAUGCCACUCUUGCCAUGAAAAAAAAUCUUGGAAAGCCAGAAAAUACAUGAAAACGAAUGAUAGAUGGUGACGCCACCUGAAAGUUCCUGCACCAGCUCACCGUCAAAUUAUGAAUUUUUAUGAUGUCUGCUCGGGUCUACUUAAUUUUUUUAGCGGUAAAGAUGAAUGACAUUUUAUAAUAAAGGAGCCAACGAUUGCACUUAAUAAGUUUCAACAACGGUUACUAAGCUACAAUGGCCCAAAUAAAAAAAAAUACUUCGAAAUGAGUGACAUCACGCUGAUGUACUAGUGCUGGGUUAUUGGCAAGAAAUAAAUUUUUGUUUUAAAUUUUAACUGUGACCUUCCAUUUUCUUUUCUGAUAAUCAACCUAUAAUUGUGAAAUUAACAAAAAUGGCAUUUUAAAAGAAUGCUUUAU